CUUCCCUGGCAAUUCGAAAGUUAGAGAAACAGAAGAGAAAGCCAUGGAGCUGCAGAGGGUCACCAAUGAGGGGGAAGGAAACAAUGAAGAUAAAGGAACAAGUAAAUCAUUGCUGGAGUUAAAAACUGAAGAGGAAGCAAAACCUGAAGACUACUCCAAACUCCAAACUCCAUCUGAGGACGUGUAUUCAGAACCUUUACAUGUUGGCAAUCCAGUUAAAACAAGAGCAGACAAACAGACGGAGGGAAACGCGCGUCUGUUCCGCGCUGCGUGUUUAUUCCUCACCGUAAUCUGCCUGCUCCUGCUGCUGGUUGUUAUUAUCCUCAGUGUGAAACUCCAAACUGGCUCCACAGUCUGCUCAGAGAGAGGGGACACCACAGCACCAUUUGCUCCAAAAUGCAGCUACGAGAAGUGCCAGGCUCUCUUCUCCAAAAUCCAACCCCACGAUCCAGCAUGUAAGCUCUGUCCUCAGGGGUGGCGUAGUUUUGGCCGGUGGUGUUUUUACCUGUCCACCUUCAGGAUGAGCUGGGACGAGAGCCAGAAGAACUGCACCGCAAGAGGAGGAGCGCUGGCUGUUGUUACCAGCCAGAAAGUUCAGAGUUUUCUGACUAAGGAAGGGAACAUGGAUUACUGGAUCGGGCUGAGACACAAAGGAGACACAUGGACCUGGGUCGACAACACUGUGCUGAGAGAGAGUUAUUGGGAAGCGACCUCAGAGGGGGAUUGUGGGAUCCUCAGCACUAACAAACCAACUGAGAAGAACUGGAGCAAAGCUUCCUGCGCUGCCUACACCUACUUCAUCUGUCAGCUGCAGCUCUGACAACCUCUGUGUCUUUCUUUAACAGAAUAAUGAGCAAACUAAUAUUCUGGCAACAAGCAUCAACACCUCCAUAACAUUUCAAAUCACGUUUCUUUCCACUUCACACUUCAAUCAGUAAUAUCCAGCAGAUAAUGAAGAUUUUAAGAUUAUACUAUUAUAUUUAACGCUUGAAAAGCUGCUUAGUCAUAUUUUAUAAUAUAAUUUUUGUGUGGCAUUGUGUUGUUUAAAUUGUAUUCUAACAUGUCACAUAUAUUGCUUAUAAGCACUGACGAGGUUACUCCUCUUACUGUAUGAUUCUAUAAACUGCUGUCUGACUUUUUAAUUUUACAAAUAAGAGCCAGUACAUUUGUUUCAACAAGGUUUUAUUCUCAUAUAAAAAUGUUCAUGCAACUACAUAGUAA